AUGCUUCUGCACGGCUUCACCAUCGUACGCGAUACUGGAGGCGCUGAUACCGCUCUCCGUGAAGCUAUCGCGGAGGGACUCAUCCCGGGCCCUCGCCUCUUCAUCGCGGGAAAGGCUCUCUCACAGACCGGUGGACAUGGUGAUUUCCGUGGAAGUUACCCGGAAAGUGAGCACAAACGCUGCGGAGGACAUUCUCCAUCCUUAGCUCGAGUGUGUGUUGGGGUUCCCGAAUGUUUGAAUGCCGUUCGCGAUGAACUGCACCAGGGAGCAGAUUUCAUCAAGAUCAUGUGUGGCGGGGGUGUUGCUACACCGACAGCUGGCCUUGAUAUGUUACAGUUCACGGCGGAGGAGAUUCGAGCUACCACCACGACAGCGGCGUAUUCCAAGACAUGUCACAGCGGAUGUCUACACUGUUGA